GUGCGGUACACUCUACACAAAUUGAGAGCGUAUACAGCUACAGACGACAGAUAUAAACUUCUACAAAGAAUUCUAGGGUGAAGUGACAAUAGAGGGAUCCUAGUGAAGCAUGGCCACUGAAACCAAAGAAGAGACCCCUUUGAUCAAACACACAGGAGGAUGUCAUUGUGGAUUGGUGAGAUUUGAAGCAAUGGCUCCAGCUGUUAUUACUGUAAUGGACUGUGAUUGCAGCAUAUGUGUGAAGAAACAGAACAGGCAUUUCAUAGUCCCAAACUCAAAGUUCAAACUAUUACAGGGAGAGGACAUGCUGACAUGUUACACAUUCAACACACACCAAGCCAAACAUACAUUUUGUAAAGUAUGUGGAGUACAGAGCUUCUACACUCCGAGGUCAAGCCCUGACUGCAAAGGAAUCGCCCCUCAUUGCAUAGACCCUGGGACUAUACAAGGAGAGAUAGUUGAGAGGUUUCAUGGAGUUAAUUGGGAAGAAACCUUCACAGCAAAGGGUGGCUAUGAAACUUUUAAUAAACAAUAAAGAAAGGUAAAAGGUAAAUGAACUAUUUGAUUAGAUGAUCUUGUAAACUUAAAUUGUAAAAAGAUUGGUGCAAUUGUUGGGGAACUAUUCUUCCCCGUAAUAUAUAUACACUCAUGAAUAUUUUUCAGAAAAUAGAUUCAGUCAAUGAUACACAUUUUAUGCAUCUAUACCUUUCAAAUAUAGAUUGUUCUUGAGGACCAAAAAGUUUUCUCAAGGAUUACCAGACUAAGCAACAAGAUAAGAACUUAUUAAAAAUGGAAUUAUUUAUUGAAAGAAUGCUAAUGUAAAAUUUUAACAAAGCACUAAAUAUUUAUUAGAUAACCCCCCAAAAAAUACUGGCGUUACUGUCUUUUGACUUGAUGAGUUGUGUUCAUUCACACUUACAAAAUUGACUCCAUAUCAACAAAAGCAAGCAGCGGAGUAUAUCAUUACAAAUUUUAUUAAAAAGGAUUCUAUUUAUAGAUGUAUUGACUCUCUCUACUUCCUGGCUAUGAAAGGACCAGCUCUGUAAUGUAUAGAAGAGUACCUGUAGUAACAAUCCACAAUCUAAACCCCCCUUUGGCCCUGCUUUUUGGAUCCAGAAAUGUCUGACACCCAUAUCAAUUCACUGAUAUAAAUAUUUCUGUUUAGAGGUUCACUCUGGCCUGGCAAGAUGUAUUCAUAAAAAAUGAAGUAUGUUGUGGUAAAAACUGUCAAGAUUUCAGGAUGAUACAAUUAUGAUUGAAACUACCCCAGGUUCAACAAUUCCCCUCAACCCAUUUUACAUGGUCUUCUGUGAUAUAAGUUGUGAAAUGGUACCAUGCUUAGAAUUACAUAUCCAAAAUACACUGUACAUAAUUGAUCAAUUGUUUCAUCAUGCAAAUAGGCCUCAAUGAAAUUUAUUAUGGUAUUAAAGUUGUAUUGCAGUACUAAAAUAUUGCUGUUGGUUCAGAAUUCAUAUUUUAAUUUGUUUUGUAAUCAUAAUAAUGUUUAAAUCCUGUGUUGCAUUAAAUGCAUUAGGUGGUAUUCACAUAAUUAGUUCAACACAAUUCCUCAACCUAGCUUAGACCAUAAUUUAAUGAAAUGCUAGUUUCCUUUAUUCACCAAGUAUUACAAAUCGUUUAAUUCUAAAGUGAAAAUUUUUGUUUGUAAAUGAUUUUUAUUAUAUGAAAGAAGAAUAAUAUGAUGAGUAUAUAAUAAAUGUCAUUGAAAUAUUUUCAAUAGUGAAAAAGUAAGACUGACACGUAUCCAAGGAGGUGUGGAUUAAAAAAUCCUGUUCAGUCUACAUACAGUUAAACUUGGGUUUACUUUAUAAAGUAUACAACACAUAUAUUUCAUUUUGCAGCAACACAAUAUUUGCCUUUUCCCUCAUUUCUCAUAAGACUAAUUUCAGUUGUGGAUGGUGUUUUAAUAAAACUGUUCUUUUAUUGAUUGAAAUUGUCACAUUUAUCAAGUCUAUCCAAAGAUCAGGUGCUUUCUUUUCAUGGGAGGAUAUGUAGUAAAGGUAAAAUGUUUCAUAUAUAUCAUGGGCAAAGAGUUUGGAUCAUUAAAAUGAACAAAAAAGAUGUGGUGUACUUUCUUUGUAAAAGGGGGAAGUUUUAUUUCUGUGACCUCACAACUUUUGGUCGUAUUGCCAGAGGGGGGGGCAUCCAUAGCAUUAGGGAUCUUGCAUUCAAAUGCUUGUAACUUUCUCAUUAUUUGUUCAAUAUUUCUUAAGCUUUCAGUGAUUUGUUUCUUUGAUUUUCUGUUUUCAGACAAGCUUAGUUGAUCCAAGGGCUUCAUUCUCCUUUGAAGUCAAUUCUGUCAUGUUGUGGUAUAUAAUGCCUGAAAUAUUGUUUAGAAUGGUAUUUUUUCAAUGAAUUGAAUUUCAUUGUCUCUUGUUUUUUAUUAUGAUUAAAUAUAUCAAAUAUAUUUUCA